GCCAAGACAUCAAGAUGUGGUUGAACUUGUGUUUAGGCAUUAUAAUUAUUCUCAGUGUUGAAUGCAAACCCUUGACAAAUGGGAUGCACAACAAGUUGCUGGUGAUCUCCUUUGAUGGUUUUAGAUGGGACUAUGAUCAAGAUGUGGACACUCCUAACAUGGACAAACUAGUAGAAGAUGGAGUAAAGGCCAAGUACAUCACCCCUCCGGCUAUCACCAUGACGUCUCCAUCUCACUUCACCACUAUAACAGGUAGAUGGAUAGAGGAUCAUGGAGUUGUCCACAAUAUGAUGUUUAAUUCCACAACUCAUAAGAAACUCCCUCAUAGAGUUACCAUGAAGACUUCAGAGUGGUGGGACAAUGGAGCCUUGCCAUUGUGGAUUACAGCUCAGAACCAGGGCCGGAAAACAGGUUCCUUUUACUUUCCAGGAGGUGGAGCGAAUUACAGCGGUCAGUCUGUAAACCGGGUUAUGGUUGAAGAACCACGUCAACCAAAUGAAAAUGAAACCCAAUGGCGUGAUAACAUAGACACUGUACUGAGGUGGUUCACUAAAGAAGACAUUGACUUUGUGACUUUGUAUUAUGGAGAGCCUGAUCGUGUAGGCCAUGCGAAAGGACCAGACCAUAUUGAAAGGAAAAACGUUAUAAAGCAGAUUGACCGCACUAUAGGAUAUCUGAGGGAAGCAAUCCAGCGAGAGGGCUUGUCCCAAAGCCUAAACGUCAUCAUCACCUCUGACCAUGGCAUGACCACAGUUAAAAAAAGACCUCUUGUAGAUGAGAUAGUCCUCUCUAACUAUCUCAAUUUGCUCCACUUAGUAAAUUUUGAACUUCUUGACUAUGGUGGGUUUGGAAUGAUCACACCAAGAAAGGGAAAGGAACAGGAGGUGUAUGACUCUCUCAUGAAGGCCCCUAACCUGACAGUCUACAAGAAAGAAGGAAUGCCAGAGAAUUUUCAUUUGUCGAAGAAUGACAGAAUACAACCUAUUAUUGUCAUUGCUGACCUUGGUUUCAACUUAAACUCGAGGUUAAUCUUCUAUGUGAACAAAGGAGAUCAUGGAUUCAACAUGAAUGAAAUGGACAUGAAGACAAUUUUUCGAGCCUUUGGACCAGAUUUCAAGAAGAAUUAUCUGUCAGAGCCCUUUGACAGUAUCCACAUCUACCCUUUAAUGUGCAAACUUCUGCAGAUCGAUCCAGCCCCACACAAUGGCUCAUUAUCCGUCACUGAGGGCAUGCUGAUUCAGAACGGUGGGAGAACAAAUCAGCUGUCCAUUGGUGUUCUGACAUUAAAUGUUAUCUACAUUUUAUUUAUAAUGUAGCUAUUUCUGUUCUUGGUUAAUUUCUUAAAUGUACUGUUCAUGAAAAAUAUCCAUAUGAUUUCAUUACAUGCUGAAUAAAACUAGAAAGGUUAAUCCUUGGCUCCAGUAUAUUUGUAAUGAAGUACACUUGAGACUCCAGAGAGAAGCAAAGCCUUAGGCUAGGCUAAGAUACAAAAGGGGAUAUGUAGAAUCUAUGUCGAAAAGGUCUAAGGAGAGAAACACUGGCCAUAACACAGAAAUAUCGAUUAAAUAACUGUAAGAAAAGGCUUCCUAGAACGCUCAUAGAAACAGCUAUACCUCACAAAGGACAGUGCACGGAACUGAACAAAAUAGUGAGGCUGAUCAGAAACAGGUGGGUGGUUAUUCUGCUGAUUGGGAUCUGAAGAGUGAGUUGCGUUCAUGGGAUUGGUGGCUUGGUUAAGGGAGUGAGUUGCAUUCAGGGGAUUGGUGGCUUGGUUAAGGAAGUGAGUUGCAUUCAGGGGAUUGGUGGCUUGGUUAAGGGAGUGAAUUGCGUUCAUGGGAUUGGUGGCUUGGUUAAGGGAGUGAGUUGAGUUCAGGUGAUUGGUGGCUUGGUUAAGGGAGUGAGUUGCGUUCAGGGGAUUGGUGGCUUGAUUAAGGGAGUGAGUUGCGUUCAGGGGAUUGGUGGCUUGGUUAAGGGAGUGAGUUGCGUUCAGGGGAUUGGUGGCUUGGUUGAGGGAGUGAGUUGCGUUUAGGGGAUUGG